GACAAUGAGGGAGUGUGAAAGACUUUGAGACUGGACUGGAAAGUUAAGGGGCUAUUUAGAAGCUUCAGAAUAAGAUUUGGAAAGCAAAUGUCGAGUGCCAGAUCAUAUGCAAAAGAAGAGCAGCAAAGCAUGUAAACGAAAGACAACAACAAACAAGGAUAGAUUACGCACACUCAGACUUAUUGGUGAAGAACUAGGAGUUAAUGUAGCCAGGGAGAUCAUUUUCAGGCAAAUAAUUUGGAAAGGAAGCUUUAACAGAGAAAAUCCCAGCCACAACCAUUAUACACCAGUAGCCUGGCCAGGGACCAGAUCUAGACAUUAUCAAAAGAAAGCUACACAGUGGAGGGCAGAAGAGAGAAAGCUGUCCCCCAACACCAUCACUUCCACUGCCAUUCUUGUUAUCGCAUUUCACCGGAUGUUUAUGGGAACAUCGUGUUGACAGGGGAUACACGUGGUGCAACAGAUCUCUGACCAGUUAAAAAUGGUGCUACAGGUCAGAACAAACCGGGAGGAGGAACCUCACAGCAGGUCCCCAAGGUGCACCCUGCUAAACACUUGUUCCCAUCGACUCGUUACCAAAGAUGGGCACAGCACCAUAAAGGCUGUUGGAAUGCAGGGGCAGGGCCUAUCCUAUCUGCGUGACAUCUGGGGAUUGUUACUGGAUAUGCGCUGGCGCUGGAUGAUGCUGGCCUUUUCUGCGUCUUUUCUUGCCCACUGGCUUAUUUUUGCUGUAUUUUGGUACCUCCUAGCUGAAAUGAAUGGGGAUUUGGCAUUAGAUCAUGAUGACCCUCCAGAGAAUCACACCAUCUGUGUCAAGUACAUCACUAGCUUCACUGCUGCCUUUUCAUUCUCAUUGGAAACACAGCUCACUAUUGGAUAUGGCACUAUGUUUCCUAGUGGAGAUUGCCCAAGUGCUAUUGCUCUUCUGGCAGUACAGAUGCUGCUGGGACUGAUGCUGGAGGCCUUUAUUACAGGUGUUUUUGUAGCAAAGAUUGCACGGCCCAAAAAUCGGUCCCCUUCAAUCUUGUUUUCAAGACUGGCAGUUGUGGGGAGUCCAGAAGGAAAGCCUUGUCUGAUGUUCCAGGUGGCCAACAUAAGACCAAGUCCUUUAACUAUGGUCAGAGUAAGUGGAAUCCUCUACCAAGAAAGGGGAGAUGGGCAAAUUCAACAGACAACUGUAGACUUUUCACUGGACAGUCAAGCUGGUGGAUCAGAAUGUCCUUUCUUCUCAUUUCCCCUUACCUACUCCCAUGUUCUCUCUCCUGGAAGUCAGUUGGCAGUUCUCCUUCAGCGUGAAACAUCUUCUUCUAGUCACUUGGAACUGGUGGUUUGUCUGUCGGCAACCCAGGAAGGUUCAGGGGAAAUAUGUCAAUGCCGUACUUCCUAUUUGCCAAGUGAAAUCUUGCAAGGUCAUCGCUUUGCCCCCUGUCUGGCUCGCAGGGCUGAGGGAGGAUACCGCAUCUGCAUGGAGUCUUUUGGCCGUCCACUUCCUGAGCUUCCCCAAUCAUCACACAGACAAUCAUACAGAACUGAAUUGGAGGUUUGUGCUAACGGACAAAGGGGGGACACCUUCCAAAUCUGCGAGACUGGCCUAGGGGAGUAACAGCCAGUAAUGUUGAUAAUAUUUUUGCCCCUUCAGCCACUCUAACUCUAACAACAAUGCUGACUUUCUCCAAAAGGAAAUUUACACUGGAAAUGGGAUUGUAUUAUAAGGCUCCUAAAACUGAUUCUGUGAACUCACUACAGUACAACUUUCACUUUAAAACUUUACUGCAGGAGGAGCCUAUAGGGCACUGUACAACUUAUAUGCAUUAGUUAUAAAGAAAUGCUAAAUUGUUCAGUGGAGUUGAAAACAUUCUAGAGUGGGAUUAAGAGCAGAGAAAAGGGACAAAGCCAUGUCCAAGCUAUGGAUAAAUACACACAUGAAAUGUGCAGAAAGCAUUUGUGUGAAUAAUAAAGUGGACAUGUUUGGAAAGCCAAGCCUCACAAAACGUUUGCAUGCCUUUAUGAAUUGGGGUGCACUGAAGCACAUUAAACAUACAAAUAAUGAUAAAUGUUACAUAAUAUAUACAACACAAACAUAAAACGCAUGCUUCUUUGACAUAAGAAUUUAGAGAGACAAUUUUAUAUCAUAGAAGCAGCUGUAUACUGCAGAAACAUUCAUACUGCUUAGUCAUUUUGUUAAACCACACUCUGCUCUUAGAGGAAACACUCUACUAACUCCUAGCUGGCAAAAUUACCAGGUAAGAGUACAGACUGAAAAGCUCAUGGCCAGAACAGGAAAAAGCAAGGCAUAAAUGCUGGCCCUGCAACAAUCCCUCAGUAUAUUUCUGUUAAUAAAGCUGAAUAAACUAUUUCCUCACAAAA